AUGAGUUUUCUUGGUCUAGACAGCCAAAACACGCCACCCGUGGUCUCGAUCUCAGCGUCGCAGUCGCUGAAUGCAUCAGCUACAACCCCAGCUGCAAUCUCUACAGGUCUACCACGGCUAGACGAGGCGCUGAAUGACGCGACCGACGAGAAACGACCCGGUGGUAUCCUGCGCGGUCAAAUCACCGAGGUGUUUGGACCACCGGGUGUGGGGAAGACCUCCCUGGCUCUAAAUACGGCAUGCAAUGCCCUCCGCGAAGGUGGACGGGUUGUGUGGAUUGAUACGGGCUCUCCCUUGCCCAACCCCAGACUCAAGGGCCACUCUUUCGACAACGGAAACUUCAUCUACUUCCGCACCACGACACUCCCUCAUCUCUUAGCUCUUCUCCUCCGUCCGCCAAGGAGCUUCCCACCGGAUGGAACGGCCCUACUAGUCAUCGACUCCGUAUCGAGCCUGUUCUCGACCUACUUCCCCAACGCGGCGGAGCUGAAGGACAGACUGACGCAGGGGAAAAUCACCGACAAGGCACAGCUACAGUGGCUGCUGAAUCGGAAGUGGAAUGUGGCAUCGGAGCUGGCGACGCAUCUGGCGCGAAUCGCGUCCAGGAACAUCGCCGUGUUGGCUAUUAACCAGACGCACACGAAAAUCAAGGGCCAGCCGCGUGCGACGCUGCAUCCCGUUUUGGCUGGUGGUGCGUGGGAGAGUAAUGUGCAGGCACGGAUCAUGAUGUAUCGGGAUUUGCCGAAUUGUAGACUGGCGGAAAUGACCAAGCGAGCGGGUAGGACUUUGUUGAUGCGGUCGGCCGAGUGGAUUGUUCCGUUUCGGAUAGAAGCGGUAUGUUGUUGUUCCUCUCUGGCGGGUCCCUGCUUGUUUCUGACACGCGGACAGAACGGUCUUCGCGAAGUUGAUGAGGAGUCGGAGCCUGGUUUAAAUGCAGUGGAAAAACCAUCGCAUCCUGCCGAACCAGUUGACAUCUCCAGUGCAGCGAGUCGAAAACGCAAGGUCGAUGAGGUGGCCGACAGCCAGGACGAGGACGACGAGGACGACUCGGAGGGAGGGUAUGAAUGGAUGGACGAGGCCUUACUCGGCGAGAACGCCUGA